CUUUCAUAUUUCGCUAGUUAGGAAUCACAACGAAUGACAUAACGUUAGCUAUACAGAUGCUUGUGGUUUGCGUCCUUGUUUUGCUAUGCAUUUCACUGCGUCAAUUAGCCGACUUAACUCUAUGACUGGUAUGGACCGACGUCACAUUUGUUUUAAUUUAAAAAAAAUAAUGAUUUGAGCACCCAAAGAAUAGCCUGCAAUUACACGGAACAAUGUCUCUGAAAUCUGUAGUUCUUUUUUUUUUUUAUGAGUUGCGUCGGAGCUCCAGUCCGCCCAUACUAGUCGCUGCUAUACCUCAAUACGUCUCUGUUCCCAUUAAUGAAAUGCAGGGCCGGAAGAUAAAACAAUGUGGCCUUUUCUCACUGACUCUUUUGGCCACAUUUUUCCAUUGUAGUUGUUUGCCACACAGUACUGGUGGAAAGCCAUUUCUAGAGACCGCUAAAGAAAUUGCCAGCUAUGCAAAGGUAGCCAAGAGCAUCAUAGACUUGGCUGUGUAUGGCAAAGCCCAGAACCGCUCCUAUGAGAGACUGGCAGACUUCACAGAUACAAUAGGGAACCGUGUCAGUGGCUCUAAGAACCUGGACCUGGCUAUCAAGUACAUGUUCAGUGCCCUGAAACAGGAUGGGCUGGAGAACGUACAUCUAGAACCAGUGAAGAUUCCACACUGGGUCAGGGGAGAGGAGAGCGCCAUGAUGCUACAGCCCCGGAACCACACCAUGGCCAUCCUUGGACUGGGCAGCAGUGUGGCUACACCCCAAGGAGGCAUUGAAGCAGAGGUGCUGGUGGUGGAGUCUUUUGAGGAGCUGAAAAAAAGGCAGAAGGAAGCCAUUGGGAAGAUCGUGGUGUAUAACCAGCCCUUUGUCAGCUAUGAGGAGACUGUGCAGUACAGGGAUUUUGGGGCAUCCCAGGCAGCUGAAGUAGGAGCUGUGGCUACUCUCAUCCGGUCCAUCACACCCUUCUCCAUCAACAGUCCUCACACAGGCUGGCAGGACUACCAGGAGGGAGUGCAGAAGAUCCCUACCGCCUGUAUCACAGUGGAAGACGCCAUGAUGAUGGCCAGGAUGGCUAAGCGAGGCCAGAGGAUUGUGGUCCGACUCACCAUGAACGCCCAGACCUUCCCUGACGCUGACUCCUUCAACACUGUGGCUGAGAUCAUCGGCAGCGAGCACCCAGAACAGGUGGUGCUGCUCAGUGGUCAUCUGGACAGCUGGGAUGUGGGCCAGGGGGCCAUGGAUGAUGGUGGUGGAGCACUCAUCUCCUGGGAGGCCUUGUCUCUGCUUAAAGACCUGGGUCUGCGUCCCAGAAGAACCCUCCGGACAGUGCUGUGGUCUGCAGAGGAGCAGGGAGGGGUUGGAGCGCAACAGUACUUCCAGCUUCACAAGGUGAACAUCUCUAACUUUAACCUAGUGAUGGAGUCUGACAUGGGUACCUACCCCCUGGGGCUGCAGUUCACAGGCUCAGCCCAGGCCCGGGCUGUCAUGGCUGAGGUGAUGAAGCUACUGAAGCCCAUCAACACCACCACCCUGGAGGAACACGGAGAGGGAAUUGAUAUAGAGAUGUGGAUGGAUGCCGGCGUGCCAGGUUGUGUAGACUCUUCUGUUGUCUGUCUGUCUGAGUCAGUAGGAGCCAGGUGUGUAGACUACCUUCUAUUCUCUGUCUGAGUCAGUAGGAGCCAG